AUGUAUGAAUGCUUCUCUCUGCUGGCUAGAACUCCGUUGACUUCGAUCCCUCAUCCACCCCGACUUUCCCCAGAGCCUGCCUCGAACUUGAACUCGAUGUCUCAAGCUUCUUCGCCAGCAGAGGCGCCACCUGCCAAAAUCGAGAAGACGACGGUCCACAAUCACUUCGAGAACAAGUCCUUGACAAUGGAUCUGACACCGCUCACGGCGGCGUUUGGCGCGUUUGUCAGGUCUACCCGCGAGUGCGCUUUCCCGCAACUAGUCGUUUCGUGCCGCGGAAAACGCAUGGCCUUUGGCCGAGAGUCUCUCCGAGGGAUGAAGGAAGAUCAAGCCAAGAAGCUGUUUAUUUCCCGUUUCGCCGAGGAGAGAGAUUACACCACCGUAGACAUCCCUGCUACUGCCUGGUUCUCGGCUCGCACUCAAAGAAUCCCACCGGCGGUGCGCUUUGUUGCGACCUUCUGUCGGGGUGAGGAACGCAGGGAAGAACUAGGCCCUAUUGCCCUGGAUCCGACAUCCUGGACAGAGAAUAUCAUGAAUGUGCGCAGCCUAGAAAUCGAGUUCUCGCCAAAGACCAUUUGAACGUGGGGUCAAGCCUGCAGGAACUAUCUACAUAAUCUAUUCCAAUUUCCAACCAGUAACUUAUAUCUAGGUUCCACUCAGAAUUCUAUCAGCUUCGCAAUA